AUGCCUCUGUUCUUCAGGAAGAGGAAGCCCAGUGAGGACUCUCAGAAGAGGCUCGAGUAUCAGCUUUGCAGGUCCAAAGAAGCAGGUGCUGAUGACAUCUUGGACAUUUCAGGCUGUGAGCUCACAGAGGUCCCAUCAAGUGCCUUUUCCAUCUGCAAGGUGCUGCAGAAGAAGGUCCUCAUCCUCCAUAACAACGAACUAAAAUAUCUGCUGCCGAAAGGAUGCUGUGUCACCACUCUUGCCACUUUAAAGGUUUUGGAUUUGCAUGAAAACAAGCUCGCAUCACUCCCAGAGGACAUUGGGAAACUAACCACUCUGCAGAUUCUAAAUGUGGAGAAGAACCGUCUGAGGACCCUCCCAGAGUCCAUUGGAAAUCUCCGACUUUUACAGACACUCAACUUGAAAGGGAACUGCCUCAAUGAGCUGCCAGACUCGGUUCGCUCUUUGAGCAGCUUGCGUACUCUGGACCUAAGUGACAACAACAUUGUGCAGCUCCCUAAAGCCCUGGCUUACAACCGAACCUUAGAGAGCAUGUCUGUUGAUACUGCCAAGAUGAUCUACCCACCAACAUCUGUGUGCUCAGAGGGAACAGAGAGCAUCCAACGCUUUUUGUGCGCUGAGCUAGGAGAGGAGUACUGCCCGCCAUCUCAGUAUCUUUUACCAGUGCUUGAGAGCGAAUGCAGCAGUCAGCAGUCAGACUGUUUAGAUGGCAUGGAAGAGGUCUGGAAGAAUAAAUUCAGUGACUAUGAAAAGAGAAAGGAGCAGAAGCACCAGGAGAAGAUGGCAUUUGAGCGACACCUUGAACAGAAGCAAAAGGAGCACACACAACUUGUUCUCAUGAACAAUGUACACAAGGAAAACAUCCUCAACUCAGUUCGACAGGAGCAAGAGCGUGUGGAACAGGGAUUUAGCCAGCAGCAGAGAGCUCAGGAGUCUGAGAGGCUACUUGUGCUGGAGAAAGUCCGUCAAGCUGAGGACAACAUCAGCAGUCGAAUAGAUAGCAUGCUGAUGGACAAUACCAGGCAAAAGAAGAGUGCACAGUUUCUUCAAGCCAUGGAGGAAGAUCGUAUUCGCAUGGAGCAUUUGACUGCUGUCACCCAGGAAGAAGCCGAUUCACUCAGGAAGCGGGAAGUGGCAGCUGCCAUGCAGAAGAUGCUGUCAGACGGCUGCGCCAUGAGCCUCCUUCAGCAAGCCAGUGAUUGUCGCAGAAAGAGCUUGGUGUCCGAGGCAUGCAAGAGCAUCGAGACUUUGGACCGGAAGUUUGACAAGAUGCUGUCCCUCCAAGUUUUAGACAAAUCUAAAGCCAUCGCCCAAAUUUUACAGGAGGAGGAGAUGCAGAAAGCUGCAUUCCAGGCCCUGCAGCUGCAGAAAGACGCCGUUCAUGGUUACAUCCGCAACCAGAUCAAGCUCAUAGAGGGUGAAUUAAUGCAGCUGACUAAACUGGAGAUUAAAAGACGCAAUCUGGAUACUGAGAACUUGCAGGAGGUUCUUGUGGAUCAGCGCACAGCUCUCAGUGACUUAUUGCAGCAGCUACUGAAGCAGAGGGAUCAAAGGGAACAGGAGCUGCGCCAGGUUCUGGUGGAAAUGGAGCUGAAGUCAGAGUCCAACCAGCAGAACUAUUGGAUGAUUCAGUACCAGAGACUCUUGGAUACUAAACCUAUAUCCCUUCGGAUGCAGGAAGCGGGCGUAGAGAAAGAGUUGGUUAACCUGCUCUGCAGACUGUCAGCUCAGCACUACCUGCCUAUUCUGGCUCAUCAUCGACUGACGACUGAAGCACUCAGUAACAUGAAAGCUGGAGACCUCAAGAAGCUGGGCAUUAAUGAAGCAGGAAUUCAGACUGCUCUUCUGAACUGGGCCAGAGAACGCCAACCUAAAGGUGCUUGUAAGGCUGUCCAGGAAGAGGAGGAAGCAGAAAUCGCCCCAUCAGCUCCAUCCCCGAGCUCCUUUCCAUUUCUUCCCAAUGCCUCGAUCACACCGACCCCUAGCCCACCACACACCCCUGGGACCCCCGUCACCCCCUCAGCCCCUGCCCCCGUGGAAGGACCAGGAAGUUCUGAAUGUGUGGUUUGCAUGGAGACCGGGUCUCAGUUCAUCUUCCUGCCCUGUGGCCAUGUGUGCUGCUGUCAGGUCUGCAGUGAUGCUCUGCAGAACUGCCCUCUGUGUCGCAGCAGCAUAUCCCAGCGCAUACGCCUCUACCACAACUAGAACCCGUGUGCACCAUCGGGCUCCUCUCCUCACCGACCA